GUUCAACGAAUCGGCGGCGGUUUUUAAUUAGCGGUGACGUGGCGCGCAUUGAUUUGACAGGUGUUUCAAGACAAUAAUCACACGAAAACAUUUGCCACAGAAUCGCUGCCGCUUUGAGGAGGUGGAUCUUCAUUACCAUCUGUGUUUCUCUCGCGGGAAAAGAGCUUGCAGGAUGAACAGCAGUGGGCCAGUGUAUCCUUUGGCCUCGCUCUAUGUGGGUGACCUGCACCCUGAUGUCACAGAGGCCAUGCUAUAUCAAAAGUUCUCCCCUGCGGGACCCAUCAUGUCUAUCCGUGUCUGCCGGGACAUCAUCACACGCAGGUCCCUCGGCUACGCCUACAUCAAUUUCCAGCAGCCUGCUGAUGCGGAAUGUGCACUAGACACGAUGAACUAUGAAGUGAUAAAGGGUCGACCAAUCAGGAUCAUGUGGUCGCAGCGAGACCCUUGUCUGAGGAAGUCUGGAGUAGGGAACAUCUUCAUCAAGAACAUGGAUGAGUCAAUCGACAACAAGGCUCUUUACGACACCUUCUCUGCCUUUGGAAACAUUUUGUCAUGUAAGGUGGUGUGUGAUGAAAAUGGCUCAAAAGGUUAUGGAUUUGUGCACUUUGAGACACAGGAGGCAGCGAAGCGAGCAAUUGAAACAAUGAAUGGCAUGCUCCUGAACGAUCGCAAAGUUUUUGUUGGACAUUUUAAAUCUCGCAAAGAGCGGGAGGCCGAGUUUGGUGCAAAAGCCAUGGAGUUUACCAAUGUUUACAUCAAGAACUUUGGGGACGAUUUUGACAAUGAGAAACUGCGCAAUAUCUUCUCUGAAUUUGGUAAAACCCUGAGUGUUCGAGUGAUGACUGAUGAAAAGGGGCGUUCACGUGGCUUUGGCUUUGUGAAUUAUGAAAACCAUGAAGAUGCACAGAAAGCAGUAGCCGAGAUGAAUGGAAAGGAGCUGAACGGACGUGUUCUCUACGUGGGCCGAGCUCAGAAGAGACUGGAGAGACAGUCCGAACUCAAACGCAAGUUCGAGCAAAUCAAGCAAGAACGCUUGAACCGAUACCAGGGGGUGAAUCUGUAUGUAAAGAAUUUGGAUGAUGGCAUUGACGAUGACAAACUGAGAAAAGAGUUUGCCCCCUAUGGCAUGAUCACCAGUGCUAAGGUGAUGACAGAGGGAGGACACAGUAAGGGCUUUGGCUUUGUCUGCUUCUCCUCUCCUGAGGAGGCCACUAAAGCUGUGACUGAGAUGAACGGCCGGAUCGUCAGCACUAAGCCUCUGUAUGUGGCCCUGGCACAAAGGAAAGAGGAGCGCAAGGCCAUACUCACAAACCAGUACAUGCAGAGACUGGCCAGCGUGAGAGCCAUUCCCGGCCCUGCCAUGCCUGCUUACCAGCAGAGUUCUGGCUACUACAUGCCUUCCAUACCUCAGCCUCAGGGGCGUGCCUUCUACAACGCUGUACCAAAUCUACGACCAGCACCACGCUUUACUGGACAAGCCCCAAGACCACAGGUUCCUUACUCAGCUCAGUCACUGAGGCCAGUGGUACCACGCAGGACCUCCACUCCCAUCAGCACCAUGCGCCAGGCUUCCACCCAGGCUCCAGCUCACAUCGGGACUCAGACAGCAGGUGGGCGAACUGUGGGAGGGCCAAUGAUGAGAGGCGUAAGUCAUUACAAAUACUCCAGCGGUGUUCGAAAUGUUCAGCAUGUCAUCACUGUACCGGCUCCUGUUCCCCAACAGAUGGUGCCUUCUCCAGUUAUUGAGCCUGCAGUUCACAUAAAAGGUCAAGAGCCCCUUACUCCAUCAAUGUUGGCAGCUGCACCCCUCUUGGAGCAGAAGCAACUACUGGGUGAACGACUGUAUCCUCUGAUCCACUCCCUUCAUCCUAACCUUGCUGGUAAGAUCACUGGCAUGUUGCUCGAAAUAGACAACUCUGAACUUCUGCACAUGCUCGAGUCUCCAGAGUCCCUACAUGCCAAGGUUGAGGAGGCAGUGGCUGUUCUUCAAGCUCAUCAAGCAAAGGAAGCCUCCCCUAAGAAAUAGUGGAAGUCUAUGCAGGCAUGAACUUUGAAGGUCCGUGGGCUUUGCAGAAGGAGGGGGAAAAAAGGGGUGUAAUAAGAAUAAAAAUGAUUAAUGGUGGGGGGAAAAAAUGAUAAGCACUUAGGCACAAAAGGCAAUGGCACUUUUGUGAGUAGUUUUUCCUCACUUCAGUACUGCUCAGUACUAUGUUAUGUUAUUUCUGAGUUUUGUUAUUAUUAAAAAAAGUGAAUUAAAAAGGAAUUAGGAAAAAUGCAAAAAAAAAUUGAAAAGGGAAAAAAAAACUGUUGUGCAUUAAAAUAUUUUGGCCUAUCGGCAAACAUUUGUCAUCUUGUCUAUUAUCUAGAUGUUUUCACUGGGUUAAGUGUGGAAGGGUUUUGAGUGUUACUGGCUCCCAUAACUGCAUGAUACCAUAUUCACAAGUUUAUACUAGGAAGAGUAAGUCA